AUGAUCAAUUGGAUACAUAUCCUGAGGAAAGAUAAAAAAGCAAUGGAUGCAAAAAUCAACUUAACGGGUGAUACAGGUCGAGAUUUGCUCAAGAAAACAUUACUGGCCAACUACCACCCAUCGUCAAGACCAGUACAAGCCUUAAACGAGACCGUAAUUCUUUUCGUCAACAUAGAAAUGCAGCAUUUCGAUUAUCUGGAAAAAACUGGAGUGUUUCAUAUGGUUGGACUGUUACAUGUGAGGUGGCGCGAUCCAAAAUUAGCAUGGAAUCCCCGGGAUUACGGCAAUAUUACAUAUAUAACCAUUGCUCAACGCCACAUUUGGAUUCCCGACUUGGAGUUCUACAACAAUGCGCCUAACAAAUUUAUUCGCAUGCACCGGAAUGGGUUCGUUACUGUUAAACAGAAUGGCGUGGUGUUUUGGAGUGACGCAGUUGAUGUCAACAUUUUCUGCACAAAAGAUAUGCAAAAGUGGCCCCACGACAGACACGAGUGUCACUUGGUUUUGGGCUCAUGGACAUUUGACGGGUUCGAGGUGGACAUAAUGCACGUCAAUGCAAACGAAAGCAUGAGCUUUUCAAAUGUUAACAUGCACAAUAUGGAAUAUAAGGUGGUUAGUUACAACGCAUCACACGUGUCCAAAUAUUAUCCCUGUUGUAUUUAUCCCUACACGUCAGUGGACUACAAUAUUACGUUUGAAAGGGAGUCUUCCUACGCCGUUGUUUUCCGCUGUCCCGCCAUUUCAAUAGCCAUGUUUACACUCCUGAGCUUAUGUCUGAAUCCAAAACGGACUGAAAAGCUGUGGAUCAAUGCCAUUAGCAUGUGGUUAAUAACGGGAGAAUUGAUUUAUUUCGCGCAAAAUGGACAAAACUUCUCCAGAGAAACACCCAACAUAGUCAUUUUCUUUGGCGUCAGUUUCGUAUUGGUGACCCUUUCACAAUUAGUUGCUGUAUUUUCAAUUUUCGCCACAAGAUCAGCCUUUAGGAGCAAGUCACCUUUGUCCACAAAAUUUAGCAGAUUUUUAAAUUCCACCCUCAUUUUGAAAUUGGCAGCUGAGGAAGCAAAGCUGCGUACUAAAAUAAUUUAG